GUGCCGGAACUGGAGGUACCGGGCUGAGGACACGCAUCUCAGGGCUAGUGCGGGGAGAAGCAACAGGGCAUGCUGGACCCUGGGGACGCACAUACGGCCUAGUGCGUGGUGCCGGAACUGGUGGUCCCGGGCUGAGGACCCGCAUCUCAGGGCUAGUGCGGGGAGUAGCAACAGGGCAUGCUGGACCCUGGGGACGCACAUACGGCCUAGUACGUGGUGCCGGAACUGGUGGUCCCUGGCUGAGGACACGCAUCUCAGGGCUAGUGCGGGGAGCAGCAACAGGACGCACAGGACUCUGGGGACACACAGGAGGCUUGGUGCGAAUAGCAGGAACGGGCUGGACCAGGCUGGCGACUCGCACCCCUGGUUUGGUGCGAGUGGCAGGAACAGGCCGGGCCGGGCUGGCGACGCAUACCGUAGGCUUCGUACGUGGCACAGGAACCGGCCGGGCUGGGCUGGCGACGCACACCGUAGGUUUCCUACGUGGCGCAGGAACAGGCCGGGCUGGGCUGGCGACGCACACCGUGGGCUUGAUGCGUGGAGUAACAACAGGCCGGUCCGUACUGGGAACACACACCACUGGCCUUAACCGGGGCUCAGGAACGGGCCGGACCGGACUGGUAACAAACCUCAGUCUCUCACGACGUGCCACAACAACUUCCCUCCCUCUACUCGCCAAUGGCUCCCGUACUCCGGUAGCCUUCUCUCCACGUCUACCUGUGGCAGCCUCCUGCUGCCCAGCCGCCCAAGUCAUGUGCCCCCCCCAAAAAAAAUUCUUGGGGUUGCCUCUCGUCCACGGGCUUCCAGCCUCGCCUCCGUGCUGCCUCCUCAUACCACCUCCUCUCGUCUUUGGCUGCCUCCAGCUCUUCACGAGGGCGGCGAUAUUCUCCCGGUUGUGCCCAAGGACCCUUUCCAUCCAGUAUCUCCUCCCAAGUCCAUGAAUCCUUGAUAGGCGUCCAUAAAUCCUGUUGCCGCUUGACACGCUGCUUGGUCCUUUUAUGGUGGGUUUUUCUGUCACGAUCGUCUUCCAAAUGAGUAGACCAAAGCGCAGCGCGUUGAGCGAACAUGACUUUAUUUAAUAAAGUGCAACACGAGAAUACUACAAAACAAAUGACGAUACGUGAAGUCCAAAAGUGAAAAUGACUGACUGGAACAACAGGAACAAAAACCCACAAACACAAGGUGAAACCACACAGAUUAUAUAUGGCUCCCAAUCAGAGAUAACGAGCCGACAGCUGACACUCGUUACCUCCGAUUGGGAGUCACCAGACCAAUUACCAAAACACAAACAAAUGAAACACACCCCUACCCAACACAACCAAAUGAAAUACACCCUGACUCAUAUACACAGUCCCGGAGCCAGAGUGUGACAGUAUCGUAUUAUUUAAACGGUAUCGUAUUAUUUCAACUGUAUCGUAUUAUUUCAACUGUAUCGUAUUAUUUCAACUGUAUGGUAUUAUUUCAACUGUAUGGUAUUAUUUCAACUGUAUCAUAUUAUUUAAACUGUAUCAUAUUAUUUAAACUGUAUCAUAUUAUUUAAACUGUAUGGUAUUAUUUAAACUGUAUGGUAUUAUUUAAACUGUAUGGUAUUAUUUAAACUGUAUCAUAUUAUUUAAACGGUAUCGUAUUAUUUCAACGGUAUCGUAUUAUUUCAACUGUAUGGUAUUAUUUCAACUGUAUGGUAUUAUUUCAACUGUAUGGUACUAUUUAAACUGUAUCGUAUUAUUUAAACUGUAUCGUAUUUUUUUAACUGUCACUUUAACCAGUAUCAUACUACUCUAUCACCUUCUGUCACCUCUAUCAUGUGUAGCUCAUUUGGUAGAGCAUGGCGCUUACAACGCCAGGAUUGUGGGGUUUGAUUCCCCUGAGGGACCAGUAUAAAAAAAGUAUGAAAAUGCACUCACUACUGUAAGUCGCUCUGGAUAAGUGCGUCUGCUAAAUGAUGUGCAGUUGAAGUCGGAGGUUUACAUACACUUAGGUUGGAGACAUUAAAACUCGUUUUUCAACCACUCCACAAAUGUCUUGUUAACAAACUAUAGUUUUGUCAAGUCGGUUAGGACAUCUACUUUGUGCAUGACACAAGUAAUUUUUCCAACAAUUGUUUACAGACAGAUUAUUUCACGUAUAAUUCACUGUACCACAAUUCCAAUGUGUCAGAAGUUUACAUACACUAAGUUGACUGUGCCUUUAAACAGCUUGGAAAAUUCCAGAAAAUGAUGUCAUGGCUUUAGAAGCUUCUGAUAGGCUAAUUGACAUCAUUUGAGUCAAUUGGAGGUGUACCUGUGGAUGUAUUUCAAGGCCUACCUUCAAACUCAGUGCCUCUUUGGUUGACAUCCUGGGAAAAUCAAAAGAAAUCAGCCAAGACCUCAGAAAAGAAAUUGUAGACCUCCACAAGUCUGCUUCAUCCUUAGGAGCAAUUUCCAAACGCCUGAAGGUACCACGUUCAUCUGUACAAACAAUAGUAUGCAAGUAUAAACACCAUGGGACCACGCAGCCGUCAUAUCGCUCAGGAAGGAGAUGCGUUCUGUCUCCUAGAGAUGAACGUACUUUGGUGCGAAAAGUGCAAAUCAAUCCCAGAACAACAGCAAAGGACCUUGUGAAGAUGCUGGAGGAAACAGGUACAAAAGUAUCUAUAUCCACAGUAAAACAAGUCCUAUAUCGACAUAACCUGAAAGGCCGCUCAGCAAGGAAGAAGCCACUGCUCCAAAACCGCAAUAAAAAAGACAGACUAUGGUUUGCAAUUACACAUGGGGACAAAGAUUGUACUUUUUGGAGAAAUGUCCUCUGGUCUGAUGAAACAAAAAUAGAACUGUUUGGCCAUAAUGACCAUCGUUAUGUUUGGAGGGAAAAGGGGAUGGCUUGCAGGCCGAAGAACACCAUCCCAACCGUGAAGCACGGGGGUGGCAGCAUCAUGCUGUGGGGGUGCUUUGCUGCAGGAGGGACUGGUGCACUUCACAAAAUAGAUGGCAUCAUGAGGAAGGAAAAUUAUGUGGAUAUAUUGAAGCAACAUCUCAAGACAUCAGUCAGGAAGUUAAAGCUUGGUCGCAAAUGGGUCUUCCAAAUGGACAAUGACCCCAAGCAUACUUCCAAAGUUGUGGCAAAAUGGCUUAAGGACAACAAAGUCAAGGUAUUGGAGUGGCCAUCACAAAGCACUGACCUCAACCCUAUAGAAAAUGUGUGGGCAGAACUGAAAAAAUGUGUGUGAGCAAGGAGGCCUACAAACCUGACUCAGUUACACCAGCUCUGUCAGGAGGAAUGGGCCUAAAUUCACCCAACUUUUUGUGGGAAGCUUGUGGAAGGCUACCUGAAACGUUUGACCCAAGUUAAACAAUUUAAAGGCAAUUCUACCAAAUACUAAUUGAGUGUAUGUAAACUUCUGACCCACUUGGAAUGUGAUGAAAAAAAUAAAAGCUGAAAUAAAUCAUGCUCUCUACUAUUCUUCUGACAUUUCACAUUCUUAAAAUCAAGUGGUGAUCCUAACUGACCUAAGACAGGGAAUUUUUACGAGGAUUAAAUGUCAGGAAUUGUGAAAAACUGAGUUUAAAUGUAUUUGGCUAAGGUGUCUGUAAACUUCUGACUUCAACUGUAUGUGUAUGUAACUUCCACCGACAGCACUCUAUCGCCCCCUGUGUGUCUGCAGGUGAAGGGCUUGCUGAGAGAGCCUCGGCUGGAGCUGCUGGAUCUGCCGGUAGGAGAGUACAUUGUCAGGGUGAGAUGCCGUUCCCGCAACAACGGCCUCUGGAGCAAGUGGAGCACCCCUGUCCUACUCUGCGUCCCAGCUAAAUCUACCCCUGGUAGGAACUCUUAACUGUCUGAUGAUUCAGUUACUGUCUGCACCUACCCACAGUCAACUCCUAAUCUGUGGUAUUAAUAUGACCCAUAUUAGUGUUGGCAUAUGGAGUGAUCUAGGUGUGUGCUGUCUUUGUCCCUACAGAUAAGCUGCUGGCUCUGCUGUUGGUGUCCGGUGUUGGGGUCAUGGUGUUGCUAGUCAUCGGGUUUGGAAUUAUGCUACAGGGCAAGAGGUAGAGAAGGACACACACACACACACACAUAAACAACUAUGUAAACAUUAAAUACACUUAAGAUACAACGUUUGAUUUAUCACAUAAAGGACUGGUGUAGAGAUAAACGUGUGCAGGAUUGAUCUUGUAUUGAUAUAGAAACCCUUCUAUAUUACAUGCUAGAUAUGCUGUAAUAUCAAUAGAUCUAAAGGUAGAAAGUGUAUUGAUGGUUCUCUCUGAUCCCUGUCUUUCGCUAUAGGAUAAAAGCAUUCCUUCUGCCUCCAAUUCCCAAACCACGCAUCAAAGGCAUCAAUCCCCUGCUUCUGAAGGUAAGAACACACACACAUAUGCACACAAAUGCACACACACACACACACACACACAGAUGCACACACACAUUCACACACACACAUAUGCACACACACAUUCACACACACACCAGCAUGGUGACUUAUAACUCAUCGUUCACUCAAGGUUCACUGAGUCAUUUGUUUUUCUGUUCUUCUCUAUCCCCUCCCCUUCCUAUCUUCUCUAACCCCUCCCCUUCCUAUCUUCUCUAUCCCCUCCCCUUCCUAUCUUCUCUAACCCCUCCCCUUCCUAUCUUCUCUAUCCCCUCCCCUUCCUAUCUUCUCUAACCCCUCCCCUUCCUAUCUUCUCUAACCCCUCCCCUUCUUAUAUUAUCUAACCCCUCCCCUUCCUAUCUUCUCUAACCCCCCCCCUUCCUAUCUUCUCUAACCCCUCCCCCUCCUAUCUUCUCUAAUCCGUCCCCUUCCUAUCUUCUCUAUCCCCUCCCCUUCCUAUCUUCUCUAACCCCUCCCCUUCCUAUCUUCUCUAAUCCGUCCCCUUCCUAUCUUCUCUAUCCCCUCCCCUUCCUAUCUUCUCUAACCCCUCCCCUUCCUAUCUUCUCUAUCCCCUCCCCUUCCUAUCUUCUCUAUCCCCUCCCCUUCCUAUCUUCUCUAACCCCUCCCCUUCCUAUCUUCUCUAUCCCCUCCCCUUCCUAUCUUCUCUAACCCCUCCCCUUCCUAUCUUCUCUAACCCCUCCCCUUCCUUUCAUUUUUUCUCCUCCCUCCUUCUCUCUCAGAAAGGGGGCUUUGAUGAGAUCAACCAUCAUUUCAUCUCCUUCCAUGGCUAUAAGCCCCCAAGCUACAGCGAGGAGGAGGUCUGGGACUCUGUCAGCAUGGACAACAACCAGUCUCUCCAGGCUCCCCCGGGGGUCCUAGCAGUCCGGACGGAGGAUUACGGUAUGGCCAUCCACAGCCAACUACUGGUCCAGACCCCCUCCAGCCACGCCCCUUACACCCCAGUCCCCACCUCUUACACCCCAGUCUCCGCCCCUUACUGCCAGGCUCCAGUGGAAGCCUUCCCGACCGCGUGGGCAUGGCCAACAGCAAACCCCGCCCAGCCGGAGCUUCUGGACUUCCCGGGAACCGACUACAGCAUGAUGGUGGACCCCACCCCCGUCCCGCCUCCGGACCAGCAGGCCCCACCCCCAUCCUCCACCCAGGACUUCUACACGUGCGUGAACGUGCUGGGUGUCAACGGACAGGUGCAGCUGGUGCCCUGCCUGCCCAACCACCGGAAACACAGCCCCUACGUACAGCUGGAGGAGGAGCUAGAGGAGAAGACCAGCCAGUUAGCUGACUACCUGGCUAAGAAGAUGGAGGCAGUAGCCAAUGGGAGAGCGCUGGGGGAGACAGAGGUGGAGACAGAGAGUGUGGAGCAGAGUGAAGUGGCUGUGCCUUUACUGCCUGGAACCACUGGCACACAGGGCAACAGGGUGUGACCAGUUAACACACACACACACACUAACACACACUCACACACAAACACA